ACCCCAAAACCUCUCCUCCUCUUCACAAACCUCACACACUCUCCAACCCCAAGAAGAGAAGAGAAGAGAAGAGAAGAGAAGAGAUUCCUGCCGCCGGCCGCCGGCCGGGAGAGGGGGAGAUCUGGUGGUGGUCUCUCUCUUCCUUCCUCCGCUGCUCCGCUCCUCGCUUGAAGCCUGCGUGCCCUCCAGCCAUGGCGGACCUGCAGGAGCCACUGGUGCGAGGGAAGAGGAAGAAGAGUCUGGUGGACUACCUCGUGCAGUUCCGCUGGAUCUUCGUCAUCUUCUUCGUCCUCCCCGUCUCCUCCCUCAUCUACCUCAACAUCUACAUCGGCGACAUGUGGUCCGCCAUGAAGUCCGAGAAGAAGCGACAAAAGGAGCACGAGGAGAACGUGCAGAAGGUCGUCAAGCGCCUCAAGCAGCGCAACCCCAAGAAGGACGGCCUCGUCUGCACCGCCAGGAAGCCCUGGAUCGCCGUCGGCAUGCGCAACGUCGACUACAAGCGCGCCAGGCACUUCGAGGUCGACCUCUCCGCCUUCCGCAACAUCCUCGAGAUCGACGCUGACAGGAUGGUCGCCAAGGUUGAGCCGCUCGUUAACAUGGGCCAGAUAUCCAGGGCCACCUGCCCCAUGAACCUCUCCCUCGCCGUGGUCGCCGAGCUCGAUGACCUUACCGUCGGCGGCCUCAUCAAUGGUUAUGGCAUUGAGGGGAGCUCCCACAUCUACGGGCUCUUCUCCGACACGGUCGUCGCGCUCGAGAUCGUCCUCGCUGACGGUCGGGUUGUCAGGGCCACCAAAGACAAUGAACACUCUGACCUCUUCUAUGGUGUCCCAUGGUCCCAGGGAACACUUGGGUUCCUCGUUUCAGCUGAGAUCAAGCUCAUCCCAGUCAAGGAGUACAUGAGGCUCACCUACACCCCGGUGAAGGGAUCUCUCAAGGACAUUGCACAGGGCUAUGCGGACUCCUUCGCGCCCAGGGAUGGCGACCCUUCCAAGGUCCCCGAUUUCAUUGAAGGGAUGGUGUACACCGAGACGGAGGGCGUGAUGAUGACCGGCGUGUACGCCUCCAAGGAGGAGGCUAAGAAGAAGGGUAACACCAUCAACAGCGUCGGGUGGUGGUUCAAGCCAUGGUUCUACCAGCACGCGCAGACAGCGCUGGACAAGGGCGAGUUCGUGGAGUACAUUCCCACGAGGCAGUACUACCACCGCCACACCCGGUGCCUCUACUGGGAGGGCAAGCUCAUCCUGCCCUUUGGCGACCAGUUCUGGUUCAGGUACCUCUUCGGCUGGCUGAUGCCGCCGAAGGUCUCCCUGCUCAAGGCCACCCAGGGUGAGGCCAUCAGGAACUACUACCAUGACAACCAUGUCAUCCAGGACAUGCUUGUGCCCCUGUACAAGGUUGGAGAGGCUCUCGAGUUUGUUCACCGGGAAAUGGAGGUGUACCCACUGUGGCUGUGCCCUCACCGUCUGUACAAGCUCCCAGUGAAGACGAUGGUGUACCCGGAGCCGGGUUUCGAACUCCACCAGCGUCAAGGCGACACUAGCUAUGCUCAGAUGUUCACGGACGUGGGCGUGUACUACACCCCCGCCUUCAUCUUCCGCGGCGAGGAGUUCAACGGCGUGGAGGCGGUGCGCAGGCUGGAGCAGUGGCUGAUUGAGAACCACAGCUACCAGCCGCAGUACGCGGUGACGGAGCUGAACGAGAAGGACUUCUGGCGCAUGUUCGACGCGUCCCACUACGAGCUCUGCAGGCAGAAGUACGGCGCAGUGGGCACCUUCAUGAGCGUCUACUACAAGUCCAAGAAGGGUCGCAAGACCGAGAAGGAGGUGCAGGAGGCCGAGGCCGCCAUGCUUGAGCCUGCAUACGCCGAAGAGGCCUAAGUCCUUCUGGUCGUCCCUGGUUUCGUUGUCUUCAGGAUGAGAUGUGUUUGGCAGAACUGAGGACUAUUUUGCUUGAUUAUUAGAACUCAUCGUGUAGCAUUAAUUCGUAGCACUCGCUGCCGUCUGUACUCGGCAACUUCGUUUACCCCUUUGUUGUUGAUUUGCUUAGAGAACUUAAUCAGGAAGAUGUAUGUGGCUGUAAUAAUAUGGAUGCUUGUGAUGAAUUCCCUGCCUGAACUUAAUCAGUAAGUUGCUUGAUCA